GGGACCAAACGGAAUGUGGGGGAGGAGGAGCUUUGGAGACGCUGGCCCUGUAUCUCUUAAGUAUUAAAGUCAUAAAAGGAAACAAGAAAAUUUAAAUUGUGAAUUGCUAAUGCACUACACGGAAUUAGCGCUAUAUAAACGUUACAUCCGUUUUUAACAAUAGCAAAGCGUCAAUUCUUUUUCGUGCAAAAACCUACCACUUGAGCCGCAUAUUUAUUCUGUAUUAUUUAAACCAAUCAGCCUGUUCGUAUGAAUGGGCCAAUUAGCAAGGGUGUUAUUUCAGCCUUAGCAAGGUUAGUGGAGAAGGCCCUGGGGACGAAGCUAGUUUUCACUUUCAAUUUACAACAUGGUGGAAGCUCCAGGAAUUCCGCUACCUUCGGGUUAUGGCGAGGACUUUGUCGAUGCACUUGAAGACGAGAAUCUCUGUGUGAUAUGUUAUUUGCCGCUUAAGAAGCCUGUUCUGACAAGAUGUGGCCACAGGUUUUGUAAAGAAUGCCUCGAGGAACAUUUCAGAAGGUGCGGCUUAGUUUACGUUGUUAGACUACAGUGUCAUUUAGAUUUUACUCACUUGGCAUCCUGCCUUUUUAGAGAUGUUCCCUGCAUCAAUGAUAACUGUCAAGUUACACUGAAAUGGAAAGACCUCAGUGAACACGUGAGUGUCACGUGCCAGUGGAGGAUUAUACUGUGUGAACACUGCAACGAGCCACACCCUAAGUGUCAAAUGGAGGAUCAUGUCCGAGAAAAAUGUAAACUGCGUCCAUUACCCUGCCCAUUCAAGUGCGGCGCUUUAAACCUGAGAGACAAGGAAUUGCAGGAUCAUCUUAAAACAUGUGAACGCUUCCCACUGAGAUGUCCUAACAACUGCGAAGAAGUAGUUUCUCGAGAAAUGGUUUCUAAUCACAUUAAGGACUAUUGCCCCUUGACAAAAAUGCCGUGUCCAUUCGCGUGGAUGGGCUGCUGCACAGAGGUGCAGAGAGAUGAACUCGAAUCACAUCUUGAAUGUGCAACUAAAAGUCACCUCGAUUUAGCGUGCGGUGAGUUAAGGGACACGCAGGAAAAAGUAAAAGAACAGAUCACACAUUUUGACAGACUUGAAGAGAGGGGAAGGAUCUUAGACGAGCAACUUGAAGAGAAAGUAGAUGAUAUUCAAGACCAGCUUCGAAACAAUGUAGAUUUCUUACAACGGCAACACCAACGGAGAGUUGGUAUCCUUCAAGAGCAGCUUGAACAAGAGCAGAAAAUUCGUAGGAAAAUUAGCACAAUAUUUUCGAUUUGUUUGGUGUUGGGACUUGUGUUUUUUAAGUUUUACCUGACGAAACUUGAAGAUACAGUCCAGAAAAAUUUAGAAGAAAAAGUAAGUGUUAUUCAGAGCCUGCAUGAAAAGAAUAUGGUUAUGAUAAAGAAGGAUCUUGAAGAUAAAUUCCAGAAGAAACUAGAAGAAAAAGUAAGUGCUAUUCAGAGUCUGCAUGAAAAGAAUAUGGGUAUGGUAAAGAAGGACCUUGAAGAUAGAUUCCAGAAGAAACUAGAAAAAGUAAGUGUUAUUCAGAGCAUGCAUGAAAAGAAUGUGGGUAUGGUAAAGAAGGAUCUUGAAGAUAGUUUCCAGAAGAAACUAGAAAAAGUAAGUGUUAUUCAGAGCCUGCAUGAAAAGAAUAUGGUUAUGAUAAAGAAGGAUCUUGAAGAUAAAUUCCAGAAGAAACUAGAAGAAAAAGUAAGUGCUAUUCAGAGUCUGCAUGAAAAGAAUAUGGGUAUGGUAAAGAAGGACCUUGAAGAUAGAUUCCAGAAGAAACUAGAAAAAGUAAGUGUUAUUCAGAGCAUGCAUGAAAAGAAUGUGGGUAUGGUAAAGAAGGAUCUUGAAGACAAAUUUGAAUCGUUAAACACUUAUCUUAGCAAUAGACUGUUGAUAUUAGAGCUGCAUACAGAAGUAUCUCACGAUUUUAUAUGGAAGAUAACAAGCUUUGAAAACAAAUUGAGGCAAGGAAAAAACAAAGAAAAGCGGUUAAUUGACAGUUUUCCGUUUUACGCGUAUGGCUACAAACUGAUGCUAAGAUUGUAUCCAGAUGGCGAUGGCGCUGGAGAGAACACUCAUCUCUCCAUAUUUAUUGCUGUAAUGAAAGGCGAAUAUGACGCCAUAUUACCCAAGGGGUUCACAAAGCGGGUAAAAAUUACGUUAAUCGACCAGCAAGAUAAUCCAAAUGAACGACAAAACGUUGUUAUGGGGUUUAAUGCAGACCCCCCAGAAAAAUCCUUUGAAAGGACUGCUGAAGGAGAAAUCCGUUUAGGGUGGGGAUUCCCACAAUUUGUAUCACAUAAUGACCUCAGGACAAGACGCUUUCUUGUUGACGACACCUUAUUCAUUAAAGUUCAAGUAUACGCACCAAAAACUAAGGCAUCACGGUUCUAACUUUAACCAUUUACACCUUAAAGGCUGCUAAUGGUCUGGUAUGUCAAUGAUCUUGGAAAAGGAUGUUUUCGUGGUGACUGUAUAUUUUGACAUUCAUGCUUUUUGAACUUUGGAAUUUUCUUGUUUUUAUCAAGAAAAUGUGACUUUAUAUUCUUGGUUUCAGUCAUGUGACGCAGUCAUAUUCCAAAAUUAAAAAUUACCUUUCCUUCUGAGGUUUUAGUUUCAUUAGACAAAAGACCCUAUACGAACUUGACGUUUGACAAUGUUUUAGCUCGACAAGGUUCUUUUUGUAAUUUUCCAAGCUUUUGCGUUGCGUGACAUGAAAAUGGAGGCCCGAAAAGGCUGUCGCAUAGGUCAAAUGAUGAGUUAUCGCUUUAGUUUUUGCUAACUAAACGGUGCUUGCACUAGAACAAGCAUUUAUUUCAAUGUGUCGAAGCUCUAGAGUAAACAUUUUUCGUUUCAAUAGCAGACUUCAAUGACAAAUGUUUCUGUUACUUUACGGCCGCCAUGUCUGUGCCCCUCCGAAGGGCACAAACAUGGCGUCUCCAUACAAAGCUCUAUAAAUUUCGGUGACACACUUCGGCGAAUAACGCGCGAUUGAAAAACAGCAUAAACCUGAUUCUUGGCGAGGUUGUUUAUAUGGCAAUCAUCUAUCAUAUUCCAGAUUCUUGAAUUUAUUUAUUGAAUG